ACCCCCCUCUCUUCACAACAUAUAUUGUACGCUUUCAGUUCCAUCCGGACUGCAAACUCUACAACAAGCUGCUUUUACCCCGCUCUACAGUAGACGAUUCGUUCUCUUUUGUGUAACAGUGAAAUUUAUAUUUUCAGCAGCACAUUUAAUCAGAAAUGGCUCGUACCAAGCAGACAGCUAGAAAAUCGACGGGAGGAAAGGCUCCCAGGAAGCAGUUGGCUACUAAAGCUGCACGUAAGAGUGCCCCCUCAACGGGAGGUGUAAAGAAGCCUCAUCGUUACAGGCCUGGUACUGUAGCCCUUCGUGAGAUCAGGAGAUACCAGAAAUCGACUGAGUUGCUCAUCAGGAAGCUCCCAUUUCAACGUUUGGUUCGUGAGAUCGCUCAGGAUUUCAAAACCGACUUGCGUUUCCAAAGUGCGGCUAUUGGUGCCCUUCAGGAAGCCUCCGAAGCCUACUUGGUUGGUCUUUUCGAGGACACAAACUUGUGUGCAAUCCACGCCAAACGUGUCACCAUUAUGCCCAAGGACAUUCAACUGGCUCGUAGAAUCCGUGGUGAAAGAGCUUAAACUCCUCAUCGAACUCUGAGCCGAACUGGUUCGGUGAAUUCUCAUGUCAUCGUUUCGAUAAAUUUAUUUUCAUCAUUAUUUCGUUUUUAUUGUCAUUCUUUCGAAAUACUUCGUGAGUUACCUUCAAAUUUUUAUUUUCUUCCGUUUAUCAUUCAAUUUAUAACUUUGAAUAAGCAUAAUCGUCACUGCCAAACACUUAAGAUCGGCACAUCCUGCAGAAAAUAUCAAAACUAGGUGAAGAAAAUCAUUAAUAAUAUCAGAGGCACUUCUUCAUGAUAAUUCAAUGCAAACAAAUACUCUGGGCAUCGCAUAAACAGAAUUAAUUUGAUACUGUUUAUGAAAUCGCAGAUGAUCCUGUGGGAUGUAAUAAUUGUGUUGAAUAAUCGUCAUUUGGUUUCGUCUCGUCGCAGUGCAAGUCCCGCCCUGAAUAUAUCACAUUAUAUGGAGAAUAAAUAAACUGGUGUUUCAAAUUCUCCACGAAUUUCACUAUUUGACUUUAAAAAUUUAAUUUACAUGUCCUUGCAUUGUGACGUCUUUUGUUAGCACAUAAAGUUAUCGCAGAAUGAAAACUGAAAAUAUUCAUUCGGAAACUGUUCUGAUGUACAAGUAGAAUAAUCUUAAUAUUACGUAAUUUUAUUAGACAAAGAGAACUAGAGGUAGACUAAUUGACAUAUAAACAUAACGUAUCAUUCGAAAUAUUAUAUAGUCUUUUUUUAAUUCUAUUAACUAGGAACUAACAGUGUAUAAUCUACAACAAUCGAUUGAUUUUCAAUUUCGUAGAGUUUGGGUUUCUUUGCAAUGAAAAUUGAUAACUACCUGUGAAAUUUCACUUUAUCAGAGCACUCAUACUUGCGUAGACAUAUAAUAAACCAGGAUUAUGUGUAACCGAGUAUCAAUAGGGAAUGUAUAUUAUAUAAUGACUCAGUGAUAACCGCAAUAAAAAUCUUGACAGAUA